GGCAUGGCCCGGAGCCAGGCGGCGCUGCUGCUGCUGCCUCUGAUGCUCCGGCUGCUGGCUACCCCUGCCCAAUUCUCCCUGGACUACCAGUACUUCGGCCAGCAGGGCGAAGGUGACACCUGGGAGCAGCUGAGGCAGCAGCGACAAAAGGAGGUGGAGAACUCCAUCCUUGGCCCAUGGGGAAAGUGGCGCUGUCUCUGUGACUUGGGCAAGCAGGAGCGCAGCCGCCAGGUGGUAGGCACAGCUCCUGGACCUGUGUUCAUGGACCGUGAGAACCUGAUCCAGGUACGGCCCUGUCGGCAACAAGAUUGUACAUCGUGCAAGCCGAUGGACUGCGACUGGAGGCCCUGAGCCCGGCCUGGGCUGGUGGGGCCUCAGGGCCUCAGGACCUUGCGGAGAGACCCCGCCCACCCGAGUCCUCGGAGGCAGCUUCGGACAGCCGCCCUUGCAGACUACAAGUCCCAGGAGGCAGCGCGGUGUUGUCGGCU